CCCCCCCCCCCCCACCAGACCUAACCCCGCCCAUCAUGACAGAAAAGAAACUCAACUUCAACGCCCGCCAAUCCCUCCAAUUCUCCGCGCAAACCCCCAACUUCCUGAAAAUGCUCCAAUCAGGCGGUUCCGGGCGUCAAGCACACCCGGAUCCCAUUCCCAAUGACGAUAGUGGUCAGGAGGAUGGGGAUGGGGAUGCUGGUGGGCGGGAUCGGGAUGAUGAGGCGCCGCAGAUUGUGUUGGGGACGGGUGUGAGUGGGGGUGAGGCGGAGCGGUUUUUGGGCAAGACGGGGGCGGGGACGGAUGCGGGGACGGCGAAACGUGGAGCUGGGGAGGACGUGGAUGGGGGGGAGGCUGAGGCUGAGGAGGAGGAGGAGGGUACGGCCGAUGGGAAACCGCGGUUCAAGAAGCGGCGGAAGACCGCUGGUCCGACAGGGGGAGGGAAGGGAGCAACGACGGGGGGCACGGCGGCGGUGGGGGAUGAGAAACGGGCGCUGGCGAAACAGAAGAAACGGAGUGCGAUGAAACAUGUGAAGAGUGUGAAGGAUCGGAGGGUGUUGUCGUUUGGGGAUGAUGAGUGAGACGGGGUUUGCCGGCUUGUGGUCACGGAGGUUGGGCGAUACCGAAAAAGGCGCUUGGGGGAGGCCCGCCGAAUGAGGACCUCGGUCAAUCAACACCUUAAGCCGAACGAGAGGCCUCCCACACACCGGAACUCUGCGAGACACACACCCACUUACACAACCAACACGUUACUUCCCAUCUCAAUCCCAAAUCCACCUGGC